AUGCUCUUUCCUCUCGCAACCUCAGCCCUUCUCCUCGCCCAAGCCUGGGCACAAACACCCACUGCAACGACCACUGCCCUGCCCACUCUCGCAUCCGGCUGGUACUGGAUCCGGGCCGUCGAAACUCCCAAUUACCACAAGUACCUGCAGGCAAAACCCACUGCGAACCCGGGACCUGCAUACCUCGAUGAUGGCGCCAAUGCCGGCCAGUUCAACAUCGUCGACGGCCAGCUCGUUUACAACGUCGAUCCGCCCUUGUAUAUGCACGUGGAGAACUCCGCAGACAAGACUCAGCGUGUGCUAAAAACCUGGUUCAAUACGACCAAGAGCGACUAUGGCGCGUUUGCGUUCCAGGGUGACGCGCUGACAUGGUCGGUCGCCGAUAUCAACCGCCAGAAUACGGCUGCGUGGUAUGUGUGUGAGGAACAGGAGCUGUUUAUCAAUACUGGGGCGUAUCUGUAUAAUACUCCGGAUGGGUGUGCUGAUCAGACGAUUCACUCUUAUGGAGGGUCGACGCCAGAUGUUUGA